UUCCCGGGCGUCUUGGAUUUUGGAGCAAAGCUUCACUCAUUCACUCCAGACCUGACGCACGUACAGUAAGGUGCUACAAGAGUGUCCUCGGAAUGGAUGUGGGAGAGCCCUGUGUUCAGAUCUUUGAACAACCCAAACAAAGAGGAAUGCGCUUCCGAUAUAAGUGCGAAGGCCGUUCAGCAGGAAGCAUACCUGGCGAGAGAAGCUCGGACAAUAACAGGACAUACCCUAGCAUUCAGAUUUUGAAUACCUGUGGGAAAGGGAAAGUGCGUGUGUCUCUGGUGACUAAAAACGAGCCGUACAGACCACAUCCACAUGACCUGGUGGGAAAAGACUGCAAGGAUGGUUACUAUGAGGCCGAAUUUGGACCCGAGCGCAGAGUUGUUGCCUUCCAGAACCUGGGUAUCCAGUGUGUAAGGAGAAGAGAAGUUAGGGAUGCCAUUAUGCAGAGAGUAAACCGAGGCCUCAACCCUUUCAAUGUGCCCCGGGAGCAGCUCUUGCAGACGGAGGAGUAUGACCUGAAUGUGGUGCGUCUGUGCUUCCAGGUCUUUUUGCAGGAUGAGAGUGGACGCUACAGCAUCGCCAUACCUCCUGUCAUCUCUAACCCCAUCUAUGACAACCGGGCCCCAAACACAGCUGAGCUGCGCAUCUGCCGGGUCAAUAAAAACAGUGGCAGCGUGAAGGGUGGCGAUGAGAUCUUCCUUCUUUGUGACAAAGUGCAGAAAGAUGACAUAGAGGUGCGCUUCUUCACCCAGACCUGGGAGGCCCGUGGCUCCUUCUCCCAGGCAGACGUGCACAGGCAGGUAGCCAUCGUGUUCCGCACGCCUGCCUACUGCGACACCUCCAUCACGUCUCCCGUCACCGUGCGCAUGCAGCUGCGCCGUCCCACUGACCAGGAGGUGAGCGAACCCAUGGAAUUCCGCUACCUGCCCGAUGACAAAGAUCCUUAUGGCUGCCGAGAGAAGAAACGCAAAAUAGAGAAUCUGAUGAAGUCCUUUUCCAGUUUUCCGCCAAAACCAAUGAUGCCCCAAAGAAUUAAAACUGAGCCAACAAAUUACUAUCCAAAGCACCCUAGCACUGGUAUGAUGAGACAAAAUCAACAAAGCAUGUACAGUAGUCCCUAUCAGCCUCACCCCAUGGUGACCUCGUCUUCGGCUUCUCCAGCUCCAGCACCGUUCAGUCAUGCACAGUGGCACGGUUCUUCACUUCACUUCAGCACAGCAAGUAGCAGCACAGGGCCCAGUAAUGGGAUGGCUAUGCAACAGCUGAACCCGGUUAACCCAGCUCCCACCCUAACCACUACAGGGGAGAGUGGAAGCAGUCUGCCUUUACUGAGUUCAACAGAUCUGGAGUUUCUUGACCAAGGUCCUUCAGCCAGCCAAUCCCAGCAGGAGCAGCAGGAGCAGAGCCUACUUCACCCCCAGCAAAUUCUCCAUAGGAAGGAAGCCCUGCCUGCAGGGGAAGGCGUCUGGUACAACAACUUCGUCUCACCAGCUCCAGGGACACAGAAUGGUGCAGCAAGUACAAGCGGGGUUAUGGUGAUGAGCUACCCAUACAGAGAGAGCCAGGAUGGCAGUGAGAUGCUCCAGAGCCUGGUGGUCCCUCAGACAACUCUUCAUUUAAAACAAGAGCCUCAAGGGCAGAGUAACCUGACCAUGCUGGGUCCUAGUAACUCCAACUCUGACUGCACACAGUCUUUCACUGUGCUCAACUACCCAACUGCCAACGGUAGUGGUCAGGAGACGAUGAGACAGGCAGCCAGUGGUGCAGUGGGUGGGCCAGGGCAGAGAAACACCCAGCAUCCUUGCUAUCCCAUCAGUGGAAUGGUACAUGAGGGCAAUCUGGAUGGCAUGUCUUGGCCCUUCUUUCCAGAGUAACAGCACCCCACAGUUUGGUGGAACAAUACAGAGGACAUCAAGUUCGUCAUGGAUAUGAAUAUGAAAUGUGUUACAUUUUGUUUGCUGUUUUGAGAUUUGGUAACCAGAACCAUUAUUUUGCUAAUAUAGGCUCUACUAUAUGCUUUAUGUUUUACUUUUAUUACCCCUUGAUCAGGUGAGCUCAUUUAAGUGUGAAGCAGCAAUUACUGUAGGACACCACUGUGGUAUCGAAAAGGCAGCAUGACUUUAAUGAACAUUUAUGUACAUAGAUGCUGAAGGUCAUAUUUGGGAAUAUUCUGGAAAACUUGUCCAGACUUUCUCAAGUGUGGCAGAGUAAGUCUGUUCUCUGGAACUUGCAGGGAGUGUCAGACCCUGGGUAAUGGCUAUGUCAUAUUAAGCAAUCCAAAGUUCUCAAAAUACUAUGUUUAAAAAGCAAGAUAGCUACAUACAGCCUUUGAAAAUAACUAAAGAUAUGUUAUGCCUUUAGAACACAAUGUUGAUAUUUUUCUGCUUGUUUUUAUAUGAACUGGCAAAGAAUGUUUUUGUUGCUUAUUCUGGUGAGGUGUACUUGUUUCAGCUUCACAGUGAAAUCAAGAUGGUUUUCAAAUUGACCUUUGUACUUUUCUGAAUGCAUUGUGACCUUUGUUUUUUAUACAAUAAAAUGAUAUUCAAAUAAAAAAUUA